UCGGUGAGACGCUUUUGUUGUGCCAGUUGUCAGCGUACAAGACAAGUACAAGACGCGGUAAAAGUAACUGCACCAUGGCUGCCAAGACGAUCGACGGUGCUCGAGUGGUCGUCGAAGCCCUUCGGAAGCAGGGCGUGGAACACAUCUUUGGCGUGGUGGGCGUGCCCGUGUUCGAAGUUGCCCUGGCGGCUCAGCAGGCAGGCAUCAAGUUUGUUGGCAUGCACAACGAGCAAGCGGCAUGCUAUGCAGCUGGUGCCAUGGGAUAUCUUACCCGAAGACCUGGAGUAUGCCUCGUUGUCUCAGGUCCAGGGCUUGUUCAUGCCCUCGGUGGCCUAGCAAAUGCUCAAAUCAACGGAUGGCCCUUACUUCUGGUUGGGGGCUCCUGCGAACAAAACUUUGAAGGACUUGGAGCCUUCCAGGAGUUCCCACAGGUCGACGCCUGUCGCAGUUACACAAAGUAUACCUGCCGUCCCAGCUCUGUACAGCUCAUUCCCAUGCACAUUGAAAAGGCUGUUCGAGCAAGCCUUUAUGGUCGCCCAGGUGCCACUUACAUAGACCUUCCCGGAAAUAUGAUCAUGGCAGAGGUUCCCGAGGAAAGUGUGCUGGAGGUCACAAAGUGCCCCGACCCUCCACGGACUCUCGCUGAUCCACCAAAUGUGGCACAGGCAUUGUCACUGCUUAGAAAUGCCAAGAAACCACUCAUCAUUAUUGGAAAAGGGGCUGCAUAUGCUCGUGCUGAGAAGAGUGUACGUGAACUUGUGGAAUGCACGGGCCUGCCAUACCUGCCUACGCCAAUGGGAAAGGGUGUUUUGCCAGACAACCACCCACAAUGCAUAUCACCAGCAAGAUCCAAGGCGCUGCAAGAAGCUGAUGUCAUUUUGUUGCUGGGAGCACGACUCAACUGGAUGUUGCAUUUUGGACAGCCUCCACGUUUCAGCCCAGGUGUCAAAAUAAUCCAGGUUGAACUUUUCCAGGAGGAGCUGCACAACAGCAUUCCAGCAGCUGUUGCAUUGUCAGGCGACGUGGGAGCAGUGGCAGAACAGAUAUCCAGGUUGACCGCUGAGCAUGCCAAGGACCCAUGGCAGUACCCUGCUGAUACAGCCUGGUGGCAGGCACUGCGUGGCAAAGUUGCUGCCAAUGCGAAAACUGUUCAGGGUCUGUCAUCAUCGAAGGACAUCCCCAUGAAUUUUCACACAGCAUACAAGCAGAUAGCUGAUCUCAUGCCAGAUGAUGCAGUCAUUGUGAAUGAAGGAGCGAACACGAUGGACAUUGGACGGACAAUGCUGCCUAACUACCUGCCACGGCAUCGGCUGGAUGCUGGCACAUUCGGAACCAUGGGUGUAGGUGUGGGCUUUGCUGUCGCAGCAGCCCUGUGGUGCCAGACUCAGUCACCCUCGAAGCGGGUUGUCUGCAUUGAGGGUGACAGUGCCUUCGGUUUCUCAGCUAUGGAGAUGGAGACAGCCGCUAGGUACAAGCUUCCAAUAAUAGCCAUUAUUAUGAACAACUCUGGGAUCUACAAUGGCUUUGAUGGAGAAACCUGGGAUUCGUUCCUGCAGUCGGGAAUGCACCCUUGCAUCUCGCUCCCAGCUAACUCUCUUCAGCCAGGUGUCCGCUACGACCAGAUGGCUGCCAUGUUUGGUAGCAAGGGCUUCAACGUAACUACGCCUGAGGAGCUUCGAGCUGCCUUUACGGAGGCCCUGGCCACCACUGACCGACCAACCAUUAUCAAUGUUGUCAUUGAUGGCAUGGCUCAGAGAAAGCCUCAGGAAUUUGAGUGGCACACCAAAUCCAAGAUGUGAUGUGUACUUGACCGUUAGAGCUGGUACUGUGCAAUAUAUUUUACAAUUUUUGCUUUCACCUGCUCCACAACAUAGCUGCUUGCACUGAAGUCUAGUAACUGUUUGCUUUACAUACUCACAGGGUAGGUUUACAAAUUAUAGAGAUAUGUAAUAUCUCAUUUUCUGGAUGUAACAGUGCUGGUCACUGGUACUAUGUUUCAGUGCUUUUAAUGUAAGGGAGAUGUAGUAUUUUUAUAUGAAAUAAAAAAAAUUUAUGCAUUUGAUAGAAAUAUUUUGACUUACUUGAUUUGAUGAAAACAUACGGGCAACUUUUGUUGUGGUUGUCACAUAUCGUAGCCCUGCUUAUUCUUCCGAGUUCUCUACCCUACUGCAAUUAAUUUUUAAGCAAGUUGUAAUGGCUGAAGAGUUUUGGACAGGAGCUUUACCGAGGCACACAUUGCAUAAGAGGAAUCUUAGUGAUGAUCUUGCUUAGGCCACUAGAGUACUGUUAUCAACAGCAUUGCAAUUGUCAUGACUCAUCAGCUACAGGGAAAAUAAACCGCAGUGAACAACUAUUCAGUGAACAAGUUCUUGGUUUUCAGUAACACAAGUUCCCUGAGCCUGUCAGAACACACACAUUGUGGCUACCACUAGCUGUGCCUUGCACUACAAGCAGCUUCUGCUACUGCAGCAACUUGGGAAUCUGGUGGGAAGCAGUAUAAGUAGUUUGAAGGCACAGACACCUUCUGCCAGUCAUAUGGGGUCAGUAGUAGUGCACUAACACUCUUGAUGCAACUGAACAGAAAAGAAUCAUUAAGCUUCCUGUAUUAUUGUUUAGAUUUAUGGAAUCACACAGGAGCAAAGACAGAUAAGGCGAGAGCUGCUACCAACUGUCAUUAAAUGUUGUCAGUAGAUGGUAUGCAACAAAGCAAGUACAUGUGCAGACUUGCAAAGCCUACUGGUACAAGAGACCUGGAUAUCACAAGUUGCAGCAAGGUCAUUUUUCAGAACAUCCUGGAGAAUGCUGAACUUGUGAGGCAUGCUGGGCCAUUUAAUAAUUGUGUCUGAGAUUGCAAGCACUGCAGUGACUAUGUACAGUACGAAGUUCAUCCGUUUUCUGACUUACAAAGAGGGGAACAACAUCUCCUUUUCACACACUCCUCAGUGAACGUGCGGCAGGUUUUUGUCGGAGAGUGCACUCUACCUCGAUAUAAUGCUGUCCGGACGAAUUGUCGGAUGGCCAUAAUAAUUAGCCUAUUUUAUGUAUCGCUGGCAUAAGACGGGUAAUUGGAAUAGUCAGAUACAAUGGAGUAAACAUAAUGUUUAGUUGGCCAUGCUUCUUGUCAGUGAGUACUCUACUGCUGUAACAAAAUAAUAAAUUCAUAGCUUGGCAUAGCAUCAGUAAAAAAUGGGCACUCUCUCCAACAAUGACGCCCUACUUAAUGACAGGCCAAGGUAAUGCCAGUUGCACUUUUGUUAACUUCGGAUCCAUUUCUUCAUGGGCUGAUUGAUUGAUUGAUCAUCACAGUGUAACGGUUGAAUAAAUAGAUGAAAUCGUCUUUUCCUUAGUGGUGCAGGUUGUCUUCAAGAAAAAAUUAAAAUUUGGUGCAUUGGGCUGUCUCGUGACGUGUGGUCUACUGCUGGCGACACCCUUACCACUCCAUAUGGGUUGCACAUUCUAUCGCCGGAGCCCUCUGGACUGAAAUGUGCAGUUGUGACAAGCCGCUCUGCAGCAGGUGCCUGUGAUGACCACUUGUCCGUCUGGUUCGCAUUAGAAGAAACCAGCAUUGCACCAAAUUUUGGCCUCAAAUCACCAUGGUGGCAGUGGAAGGAAGUUGUACUGUGGAGGGAAGGUUUACAGAGCAGAGACAGCGGGAACUCGUCUCCGCUAGCUGUUGCGAGUUCUUGUGAAACUCAACAAUCUUUUUGGACUGAAGAUGGACUUAGUAUGCUAGGUAAGGGUUAAUGUCACCAAGAGAAUUCGACUGAAUCACUUCAAGACAUUGUAGCUCCGCCUAAAAAUUAUUGCAAAAAAAAGUGUUCGCUAAAAAGUGCAACAGCCAGU